AUGGACUCAGAUUCAGAUAACGAGUUGUUGCAGUUGUCUUCACAUGCACUUGCUGCUCUCCAGGAAUUUCGUCUGGAGGAAAAGGACCGGUUGGAGAAGUUUGCCAACUUAUACAAGGCAUCAGAAGACGACUUUGAACGAAGAAAGGAUGUUUCUAUAGAUGAGUUUAAGGAGGAUUGGCAACUAUCUCAGUUUUGGUAUUCUGAUGAGACUGCUGAGAUUCUUGCCAGGGCAUUAUUAGAAGGUGCUGAUGAAGAUACAGUGAUUUGUAUAGCCAGUGCUCCUGCUGUCUACGCAGCCAUUACUAGACUCCCACAGGAAUUGAUAACUACAGAACAAAUUUAUUUGCUAGAAUAUGACAAGAGGUUUAAGGCUUUAGCAGGUCCUAAAUAUUUUAGUUUCUACGAUUACAAUACGCCAGAUGCUAUUCCAGAACAUUUAAGACAUAAAGUCCAUCGACUUCUUAUUGAUCCACCAUUCCUUGAGCCAGAGUGUCAGACCAAGUCUGCUCAAGCAGCUAAUAAUCUUCUUGUGAAGGACCGUUCAGGGAAAACCAAGUCUGGCGAUAACAGCUACAGAUUAAUCACAUCAACGGGGGAACGUAUGAGGGACAUUGUCCUUCAAAACUAUCCCGAUACCAAGGUUACAGAUUUCUUGCCCGAACACAAGAACGGACUCAGCAAUGAAUUCCGUUGCUAUGCAAACUUCACUUGCAGUCAAUGGAAGUUUUCCAAUGAAAACUAG